GCGACAAGCGGAGUGGGCCCCUGCGGCGGGAGACGGGCAGUCAGCAUGGAUCCCAUGGCAUAUGCACAGUUGAAGAGGCAAGCUGGGAACCAGGAUUUUAAAAAUGGAAAUUACUCUUUGGUCAAAAACUAUGAUGAAACUCUACAAACGCUUGGUUAUUUAAUGCAAUGGGUCCCGUAUUCCUAGGACAUAGCUGUGUUGUUGUGCAACAGAUCAAAUGCCUUGUACUGCCUGGGCAAAUGGAAGGAUUCAAUGGUUUUAGCCCACCAAAGCUUACAGUGGGAUCCAGAAUAUGUUAAGGCUUAUUAUAGAGCUGGCCACUCAUUCAUCAUGUUAUCAAAGUCUUAUGAGGCAGUUUCUAUGUUCCACAGAGGUCUGGUUCUCCUGAAUUCUUCUACAGAUCAAUCUCAAAUUGCUGAGUUUAUAGCAGGAAUCUUCAUAAGUGUUAAUGAUGAACGAAUCUUGCCACCAAAUUUCCACCCUGCAUAUGAUUAUAUUUUCCAUGCACAUUUUGAUGCACUGAUUUGGCAAGCAGUGAUAGAAAGGCUGGCCCAGAAAGGGAAGUGGCGGUCUUGUCUGUUGUUGUUGUCUGAGAAGCAAGAGUUGCCCCAUGAUCUCAGAGUUUACCAAGUAUCUCUGAAGAAUCUCUUUCAGACUUCUGAGCUGUAUGGUCACGGUGAGAAGAUGCAGAAAGUAGCAGAGUUAGUGAAGUGCCUAAUGUCCAUUGGAGCGAAGGCUGAGUCCAUCGGACUGUAUCCGCUGCAUGCUGUUAUCAGACUGUGUAUCAAAGCAACAAAGAAUCAUCUCUUCAAAUGGUUACUGACUUGGAGGCCAGAGCUGAAGGAUAGGAUCAACCAGAAAGACAGAGAUGGACAGACCCUGCUGCAUAUUGUGGCCUCUUCCAGUGAAUAUACACAGAAACGCAGACAAACAGAAGACGUGAUCAUGCUCCUGAAUUUUGGUGUUGAUCCCACUGUUCCAGAUGCACGGUCAAGAUAUGUCAUAGAUAUUUUGAAAAAGAACAAAAACUUUGAUGCUGUAGAAGAAGUCAGCAAGCACAUUGAGAAACACACUUUUUCUGGGAAACCAACAGGAGAGAAUGAAAGUGCCGCAGCUGAUACAGAUUCUCUCCAGGAUGUUCUGGAACAGUUUGUCCAGUUCUACAGGUGUGAAAAUGGAGCAUGUAAUAAAAAUGUAUUGAAGGAAGAUGAAGUUAAGCGGUUUCUGAAAUGGCUGUCUUCUGUGAAAGAAAUCCCUGAAGAAAUCUCAUGCAACAUCUCCAGUGCCUGUGCUAACAGCUUCAUAAAACAAUUGCUGGGGAAGCAAAUGUGGCACAAAGUUUUGCUGCUCCUAACAGGGAAAGCGACUGGGGAAAAUCCAUCAGAUGGAGGACUCUUCAAAACCUGCAGUCUUUCCGGUGUUGACAUUGGCAACAUUAUCCAACAGUGUGAAAGACUGGAUGUGCAAGUGCACCUCAUAAGAUGAUUGCUUCAACGAGGAGCUCUGCCUGAUGGUAUUGGAACCAGCUCUGAAAUACCACUGAAAAUAUGCCUCAGAAAGAAUUAUUUCGAACUUGCAUAUUUGCUGCUGACCAAAGGUGCAGACCCUCAAAACCUUUCUGUUGCACAAGGAGAUACUCCUUUGCAUGCUGCAGUUUUCAUCUGUUUAAAUAAUAAAGAUGGCUCUGGUUUAAACAUCCUGAACUAUCUGCUUGACCUCUUUGCUUCAAGACCAUCUGACUUUCUGUAUCUUAAUCCAAACAUACAAGAUGACAAUGGAAAUACAGUGAUGCAUGUUGUUUUCCAGAGAGGAUUUUCAAAGCAGACUAAGAGAAUAACAGAGUUAUUGGCAAAAUUUGACAUUAACUUUAACAUAAAAAACAAAUCAGGAAAAGAUGUGGUCAGAAUUAAAAAGAGAGAUCUACUGCUAGAAGCCUGGAAUAGUGCUGUGCAGGUGAAGAAGAGGCACCGCCAAGAUAGAGCAGGGCAGUUGGUUAAAACAUCUAAACCCAUUCCAGCCUCUGAGAUUUCACAGUCAAAGAGCACGGGGCAUUCUUCAUCUGAGUUCUCAUUGAAGGCACGAUCUAGCAACACAGUGCAUAAUGAUUUAAAAAACCUGUGUUCCACAAAAUCAAAAAAAGGUCAGUUAACAAAGCAGGAAACAGAAGGAAUACACAGCCCCUUAACACUGCGGGAAAGUCUAGUGCAGGCAGUCACAGCUUUAAUUCAGCAAUUCAAAGUGAGCGAAACCCUGAAAAAGGAUAAUCCUCUGGUGCAAAAGCCAUCUUCAGCCCAGACUAAUUCAGAAGAGGAAAGGAGUUCGUUGCAACCUUCUGGAAGUAUAGCUUAUCCUGAAAGAAAAGGGGAUGAUUGGGAGAAAAAGAAGGGAACAGGGGAAUUCAGUAUGGCCCUGCCUAAUGGAGAGAAGGAAGAACGGGAAGAAAAGGGGAAGAGUCUGGAUAUUGAGGCAUAUGUGCAAGAGUUUGAUAACAUGACUUGGGAAAUAGAGUGCACUCCUGAAAUGCUAAAGACUUUGAGCAGUAAAGCUGUGCCCUAUCUGAAAGCUAAAACCAUAAUGAUAAUUAAGCAGCUUGGCAAUGGGGAAUGGCCUAGGAGCCUCCAGAAGCCACUGAAACACUUGAAAGCUGAUAUCCAGCUGUAUGAAGCCAAACUGGGCAAAGGUGCAAGAAUGCUAUGGGAACUUGCCAUUGACUUUCCUCCUCGUUGCAGUGAGAGUCCAGAAAAAAUCAUGGAGACAGAACAGACAAAAAGUUGUCUAGAAAAAUCAGGUAGAGUUUACACAGAAAUAAUUAGAAUUUGGGCCAUUGUUCUUGAUCACUGCAAGCUGAACCGUGCCUUAGAAAAUAUAUGUGUUUCCUACAGCCAUGGCUUAUCCUGCAUUUUGAGGAAAAAACUCAAGGGUAUAAACGAAGGAUAUCAGAACCACAGUGUGACAACACAGAAGCAUGUUCCACGUUGUUACAUUGAAGACAUGGAAGCAGAAAAAUCAAAAGAACAUAACAUGCCUGAGUAUUUCCCUCCAGCUAGUGCAGCAGAACUGGAAUACAAUAUAAUGAAGUUUCACAGCUUCAGUACUAACAUGGCACUUAACAUUAUAAAUGAUGUACAGUCUUCUGUUGAUUACCCUUUCCGAGUUGGGGAGUUGGAGUAUGCAGUGAUUGAUCUUAAUCCAAAGCCUAUGGAACCAAUCAUUUUAACUGGGUGAAGUGGGACAGGGAAGACAACUUGCUGCUUAUAUAGGCUUUGGAAGAAAUUCUAUUCAUACUGGGAAAAAUCCACCUUGGCAGAUGGACCUUUAUUGGAGAGGCAAACAUGGCAGCAGAGACAGUGCAGUGACAUUGAAAAAGCUAGUUCAAGGAAGGAAGAGAGUGAACUAAAACAGGGGAGUGAUGAUUCGAGUGAGGAGCAGGUGAGUGAUGAGCAAAGCCAGGACAGCAUGGAUGAAAAAGUUCCUGUGGGCACAGCUGGUGCAGAAAUGAAUUCAUGUGGUGACUGUGGAGAAGACCAAAUGUAUAGCGCAGAAGCAUCAAACAGGCUGGAGCCCCUGCACCAGAUCUUCGUAACAAAAAAUCAUGUCUUGUGCCGAGAAGUUCAGAAGAAUUUCAUUGAACUUAGCAAGUCUUCCAAGGUGACCAGUCACUUCAAGCCUCUGGACCCAAAUAUUCACAGGCUACAAGCCAUUAAAGAUGAACAUUUUCCACUAUUUGUCACCUCCAGGCAGUUGUUGCUGUUACUAGAUGCAUCCAUACCCGACCCAUUUUUUCCAAGAAACGAAGAUGGAAGUCUUAAAAGAGUAAUUCUUGGUUGGAGUCCUCAGGAAGACUUAGUUGUACCAAAUUGGCAGGAUGAGGAUGAAGAAGGUAAUCUUGAAGCAGAACAUGGUGAUGAUGGAGGAGCUGCAGAUGCAUGCUCUAAGGAAAGUGAUCCUUGGACUUUUGUGACUUACAAUGUAUUUGUAAAUGAAAUAUGGCCAAAAAUGAUAAAAGGUAAAAGCUUGUACAAUCCAGCACUGGUUUGGAAAGAAGUAAAAUAAUUUCUGAAGGGCUCUUUUGAGGCACUGAGUUGCUUUGGGGGCAAGCUUACUGAGGAGCAGUACAAAAAGCUAGGCUGAAAGAAAUCACCAAAUUUCAUGGAAGACAGGAGUGAGAUCUAUCACCUCUUCUGUCUUUAUCAGCAGAUACGAUCACAGAGAGGUUACUUCGAUGAAGAAGAUUUACUGUAUAAUUUAUCUCAAAGACUUUCAAAGCUCAGGGAGCUGCCAUGGUCUAUCCAUGAGUUUUAUGGUGAUGAGAUACAGGAUUUCAUGCAAGCUGAGCUAGCCCUGUUAAUGAAAUGCAUCAAUGACCCUAAUGCCAUGUUCUUAACCGGUGACACUGCCCAGAGCAUAAUGAAAGGAGUUGCUUUUCGUUUUCGUUUGGUUCCCUCUGUUCUUUUUUUGCAUCAUGUUUGUUUUUCUCUGUGCAACUGUUACAUUUUUUUCCUUUUUAACUUUCUGAUGUUUUUUAAAUACAUUUUUUGGCAGGUGGUAUUAGUGACAAAUCAAACUGCAAAGGAGAAGUUACCUGAGGAACUUAGUUUGGCACUUGUACUGACAAUUUAUGAAGCAAAGGGCUUGGAAUUUGAUGAUGUCCUCCUUUACAACUUUUUCACAGAUUCAGAGGCUAGCAAAGAACGGAAGAUAAUUUCUUCUUAUAGUCCUGAUCCGGAUGAGCAAGUGGGAAGCAACUUGCUAAUUGAAGUGCCAUUAGAGGAUGCCACUGGUAUAUAGGAAAGGACUCCAUUUAAUGUAGAAAUGUACAAGUUGCUGAAUGGAGAACUCAAGCAAUUGUAUACUGCAAUUACAAGAGCCAGAGUCAAUCUUUGGAUCUUUGAUGAAGACUGUGAUAAGUGGGCUCCAGCUUUUAAGGAUUUCAUUAAAAGAAAAUUAGUUAAGGUUGUCAAAACAGACGAAAAGAAAGACUUAGAUGACAGCAUGUUUGCUGAAACUUCAACUCCAGAAGAAUGGAUUGCACAGGGAGACUACUAUGCCAAACACCAGUUCUGGGAGGUGGCCGCCAAAUGUUACCAAAAGGGAGGAGCAGCUGAGAAAUCAAAACUGGCCCUGACACACGAUGCUGUUCUCAAAGUGCACACAAAGAAAAGCAGCCCAAGGGAAAAACAGAUGGAAUAUAUGACAUUGGCUAAAACUUACUUGGAAUGUGGAGAACCAAAACUAUCACUAAAAUGUCUGAUUCAAUCAAAGGAGUUCCGUCUUUCUGCAGAAUUGUGUAAAAAAUUAGGAAAGAUGAAAGAUGCUGCAGUUUACUAUCAGAAAAGCCAGUGCUACAAAGAAGCAUCUGAAUGUUAUGAACUAAUUGAGCAGUUUGAUCUGGCCAUUAAAAUGUAUUGUCAGGUAGAACUCUACGAAGAAGCAGCAAAGGCAGUUGAAAGAUACGAAGAUAUGUUGAAUGCAAAAGGACAAAUGGCUUCCAAACUUUCCUGUACAGCACAUCAGUUGUAUUUGGAAGCAGCUGCAAAGUACCUGAAUAUGAACAGGACUGAGGAAAUGAUGCAAGUCCUCUCAAAAUUUGAUAUAGAGGAUCAACUUGAGUUUCUGAAGUCUCGUGGAUGUUUGCACCAAACAGCAGACUUAUUGAAAAGGAAGGAUCGACCGGAGAAGGCUGCAAAGUUAAUGAAACAACAUGGGUUUGCUCUGGAAGCAGCCAACCUCAGAGCUGUAAAAGAGUUGUGUUUGCUUGCUGAAGCACGUGCCAGGUUGAGUCACGGUUCAGAAUUACAUCUGGGGAAUGUGGAGAGCAUCCUAAGAGAAGCCCUUGAACUUUGUGAACAAACUGGGCAGAAGUCUGGCAUUGCUGAGGCUGUGCUUUUGCAGGGAGCUGUGAAAGGAGACUUCAUGAAGCUGAGCAACGCGUAUUAUCAGUUCCUAUCUCUGAAUCAUUCUGCUGGUGCAGUUGAAGCUCUCUUUGCAUUAUGUCACUGCAGCACUCCUAGCCAGAACAUACUCUUCAUGGCAACACGUGGCUUAAUGGCUCUUCUGAGUCUUGUCAGUGGUCUGAAGAAAGCAGCCACCAAUGCAGAGAAAGAUAUGGUGAAGUUAUGCUUUGCCUAUUUUGGGAUUAUCCCAACAGGUGACAGUUGCCAUGUAUCUCAAAAUGAAGCUGAACCCAUUAUCAAGUUUUUGUUAGACAAGUCAAGUCUAAAAGAGAGGAAGGCAUCAGUAAGCACAGAGAAAGUAAAAUCAGCUUUGAAGCAGCACUUGUUAAGCAGGUUGGGCUUUAUUGCCCGUGAGUUACUGAGCAAGAAGUACCCUCAUAUUUGUAUGAAGAUCAUUGCUGGAUUGAACUGUGAAGAUGAAACCUGUGAGGGUUACCACAGGCCCUUGCUGCGUCAUGAAGCAAAGACAAUAUUUCAGUGUAAAAUGCAUCUAGUGGCAAUAAAUGGACUGUUAUUGGAAGCCACAAGCACUUUCCCUAAAGAGCUACUAAAUCAGUGCAAAAGCUUUGAGGACAUUUUGACUUCUGACAAAUAUGCAUCAUGUAAAGCCCUCCUAGGAGUGUUUUUUCCUAAUCAUUUUCAUUUGAGAAUACUAUCUGAGAACCCAAAGGCAUGCAAAGAAAUAUUGCAAUUCAGUAGUGUUAUUUCCAAACCUUGUAGAGCAAUGUUGAAGAAGUACAUCACAUUUAAGUUUAAUAAUGAAAAUAUUGCUGCCAGAAGAGAAUCAACUGACUUGUGGCUAAGUGCCAUGAAGGUCUUUAUCUUAUCUUCAGGAUAUCCUGAAGAAUUUGAGAAACUUCUUUUUAAAGAAAAGGAUAAUUAUAACAAAGAGCUAAUGUUUGCUUUGGCAAAGGCAAAAAGUUCCCCAAAGAAUAAAGGCCAGGGAGAAAAGACCAAAGGAAUAGAGGGCAGACAUGGUAUGUUGCUACCUGACAAAAAUGCCGAAAAUGCAGGAAGAACACACUUGUGCUUCAUUCGACUUCUUGAAAAUUCACUUGAGCAAUUCUAUGUUCAUAAGAACCCAGAAAACUGUAAAAGAUUUUUUUUCCGUUUCAUGAAUGUCCUGAUCAAGAAAUGCACAAGGUACCUGAUUCCAAGCAUAGGAAAUGCUGUGAUGUUGCUGGAAUUCCAGUAUAUUCUAUGUUGUGCUGUCCUGAUGCGUCUUGCCAAGAACAUUACUCUCUGCCUUCCAAAGAGUUACAUUGCUCUCCUUCAUUACUGGGAGUUUUUGUUCAGACGCAAGGAUCAUUAUGAAGAACUUAAAGACACAUUUUCUAUUACACAGGAGUAUAGACCAAAGGAUACAAAUGUAGCUGUAUACUAUUUCAGAUCUCAUCUCUCUUAUCUAGGAGAAGUCUUGUGUGGUGUUCAUGGAAGGUUCAAUGUCCUGCUGGAUGCAUUCAGUGAUCCUGACUGCAUAACUUCAGGGAAGGCUGAGCGGACAGUAGUGCUCUGCUUAGUGAUGUUAUUGAAUGCUGACCAGGUGCAGAGUUCUAAAGAUAGAUCCAUCUUAUACCACCUCUUUCCUGAAAUCAAGGUGAUGCUGGAAUCAACGAAAAAAGACACUCCCUCUAAAGUACCUGAAAGAUUACUGAGGGUUGUGGAACAAGUGGGUGAUGCUACUCCUGUAAGAGAAGUUGCUGCAGGCCUGCAAGAGCUGCUGACAGAGCAAGAUAAAGAGCACUUGGUUUACUGUUGCUGGAAGUGGGACACUGCCUACACUCAGGGGCAUCCACCCAUACAGGACAUUCAGUUUGAACCUGUAAACCUCGACAGGUUUAUAACCUCUUUGGAUGAAACAGAAUAUGCCAAUGAGCUGGAAGAGGAAUUUGAAAAGGUUCAUUGCUUAGAGGACCAAAAGGAUCCUCUGGAAGUCAUUGCUCUCAGCAAGCAACAGAAGCAAGAGCAGAAAGCAUCUGCUCAACGCCAGCUGUAUCGUGUGUUCCAUUUUACUUCCUACGUGAAGUGGAAAAGGAAGGCCCACUCCAGAGUUCAUCCUGUUGCAAUGAAAGAAGAGGAAUUUUUAUCACAGAUAUUCAAAAGAGCAGAUAUUGAUCAAAUUCAGUGUGACCUCUGUGGAGUCAGAUUCAUCCAAAGCUCUGAGAGCUAUUUCAACUGGUCAGAAAGCAUGGAGGCAGACAUUUCUGGACCUCUGACACCAACAGAGAACAGUGGGGAAGAAAAGUUGCAUGCAGAAGGAAAUGCAAUUUCUGUGGCCAGUGAGGCCUUUAUGGAGCACAGAAACACAGACGAAGACACAAACAGCCAUGCUGCCUACAGACACUAUGCUGAGUUUUUCAGAAGAAAGAUAGAUCCAAAAAUACAUGAUGGACUGGAAGUAGUGGAGGCCAUUACAGAAAGGGAUUACACCCGAGACCAUUUAGCAUAUAAAGAAGGUUCCAACUUACGUCAGAUGAAAAUCAAAGAGAAUAUUAAAAAAAUUUCAGAUGCAGUAGAGGAAAUCUAUGAGAAAAAAGCCUGGGCUAAAGCUGAAGAAGUAAUGACCAUGCAUGCCAACAAAUUGGUUGACACCAUUGAUGAUGCUUGUAAAUCGAUGAAGCAAAUGGACUCUCACAGGAUAACAGAAGAAGGCUUGGUGCACGACAAAGACUUGGAAAAUGAAGUGGAAGAUGAAAUUAUGGCUUUUGAAGAACUUGUCCAUAAAAAACGCUCAAGGAAAAAAGGAAGACAUGGGAAACUAUAAAUUGAAAAAUUAUUCCAGAUGGCUAUUUUAUUCUCUUAACAGUCUAAGUUUAGAAUGAUUUUUUUUUUUUUAAUAGAGGGAUGGGAUCAGAAAUCAGAAGAGUCUGAAGAGAAAGAGCAACUUACGCUGUGUUUUAUUUUGUUUUUUUUUUAUUGCUUGUAU